UAGUCAGUUGGCCGCGUUGCACGGAACGGGCGUUAUACGCCGACCUCGUCGGUUUGCGUUUUCAGUAUAUGUUCCGGGUUAGGUCAUCUGGUUUUGGGGAAUCCGACCGAUAAGCACGAACGGUUUGAUUCCCGCACUAUCAUCAGUUUUGACGACGACGGAUUGCCAAAGCGCAGCUAAAUCCGAUAUUUACGACGCGUAUAAAAUAUUUGACAAGCCUUAAAAAACAAUUUGAUUGUUUAUAAAUAAAUUACUCUCAACUGUUUUCCCUCAAACGAGAAGGCCAAAUGUUAAAAUUUUGUUUUAACGGAAAAUAAAACAAGUUUCUAAGUUACCGUCCUGGAGGAACAUCUAGAUUUGGCCGGAAAGAGACUGAGUUACCGGCACAAUGGAGUGGACUUGGUUCAAAGACUGGUGGCGUCUCAAGAAGCUUCGAUCUCGUCACCAGCGACAUAAGAAAAAACUCCAAGCAGCCACGGCAGCCGCUGGAGCUGCGAUGACAGCAACAGCGGUUUUGCCCGGCUCUGGGUGCGCAGAAAGUGGUGGUUCCCAGGAUCCACAAAACAAUCGUCUCGACAGCUUGUACGACGCAGUGCCAUCUGAUGGAACUAUAGCCAGAAUACGUCAUGGUAGUCGAGAUCGUCUACGCCGGAAUCGCUUGCUGCAGCGCCAGCGUCGAAGUCAAAGUGCCGCAGUCCACAGUCAUAGAAGCCAGGACGACGACGAUGGGGAAUACGGACCCUUUAACGUCAGUGAUUACGAGGAUUACGGGCCGAGUCAUGGCAGCGACGAGGAGAGUGAUGAUUUCUGCUACUGUGAUGUCUGCAUGAAUGGCGACACGGACUUUGGAGACAGCAAUGACGGGAUGGACUCCGACACGAGCACCUCUUCCAGCAACAGCAAGCAGGUGGUCGUCGGAAUCUGUGCGAUGGCCAAGAAGACACAGUCAAAGCCAAUGAAGGAGAUCCUGACUCGUCUUGGAGAGUUUGAGUUCAUUAAGCUGGUGACGUUCGAGGAGAACGUGAUUCUACGAGAACCGGUCCAAAAUUGGCCCACCUGCGACUGCCUGGUGUCGUUUCACUCGAAAGGUUUUCCCCUAGAGAAAGCCAUCGAGUAUGCCCAGCUUAGGAAUCCCUUUGUGCUGAAUAAUCUGCACAUGCAGUACGAUAUUCAGGACAGGAGAAGAGUGUACGCCAUUCUGGAGAAGGAGGGUAUUGAGAUUCCGCGCUAUGCCGUCCUCGAUCGUGAUUCGCCGGACCCUAAACACCAUGAGCUUAUUGAGUCCGAGGACCAUGUGGAGGUCAAUGGUAUUACCUUUAACAAGCCGUUUGUUGAGAAGCCUGUGUCGGCGGAGGACCACAACAUAUACAUAUAUUACCCGACGUCGGCGGGCGGAGGAAGUCAGCGACUUUUCCGAAAGAUCGGCAGCCGGAGCAGCGUGUAUUCUCCGGAAUCAAGGGUGCGAAAGACAGGAUCAUUUAUCUACGAGGACUUUAUGCCCACCGAUGUGUACUUUUCAGGCACGGAUGUCAAGGUGUACACCGUGGGACCGGACUACGCCCAUGCCGAAGCCCGUAAAAGUCCCGCUUUGGAUGGCAAAGUAGAGCGCGACAGCGAAGGAAAAGAGAUUCGCUAUCCAGUGAUCCUCAAUCAUUCCGAGAAGCUAAUCUCACGGAAGGUGUGCCUGGCCUUUAAGCAAACAGUCUGUGGAUUCGAUUUGUUGCGAGCCAAUGGAAAGAGCUAUGUCUGCGAUGUUAACGGUUUUAGCUUCGUUAAAAACUCGAACAAGUACUAUGAUGAUUGCGCCAAGAUACUAGGCAACAUGAUUCUCAGGGAGCUAACGCCUACCCUGCACAUCCCCUGGUCAGUGCCCUUUCAAUUAGACGAUCCUCCCAUUGUGCCCACCACUUUUGGCAAAAUGAUGGAGCUGCGCUGCGUGGUGGCCGUAAUUAGACAUGGCGAUCGCACGCCCAAACAAAAAAUGAAGGUUGAGGUGCGGCAUCCCAAAUUUUUCGAGAUCUUCGAGAAGUACGACGGCUACAAGCUGGGCCACGUUAAGCUAAAGCGCCCUAAACAGCUUCAAGAGAUUUUGGACAUCGCCCGCUUCCUGCUAAGCGAGAUCCACACCAAAGCUCAUGCCGAGAUCGAGGAAAAGGAAAGCAAGCUGGAGCAGCUGAAGAACGUUCUGGAGAUGUACGGUCACUUUUCGGGCAUAAACCGGAAGGUCCAAAUGAAAUACCAACCAAAAGGACGUCCACGUGGCUCUAGCUCCGAUGAUACCAAUCUAGCAGCGGAUCAACCAGUGGAACCUUCCCUGGUCCUCAUCCUCAAGUGGGGCGGCGAACUGACUCCAGCAGGUCGCAUCCAGGCGGAGGAGUUGGGUCGCAUUUUUCGGUGCAUGUAUCCGGGUGGCCAAGGAAGAUCGGAUUACUCGGGCACCCAAGGACUAGGUUUGCUGAGAUUACACUCGACGUUCCGGCAUGACUUAAAAAUCUACGCCUCAGAUGAGGGUCGUGUCCAGAUGACGGCUGCCGCUUUUGCAAAAGGUUUGCUGGCCCUGGAAGGAGAACUUACGCCCAUUCUGGUCCAGAUGGUAAAGAGCGCCAAUACAAAUGGACUGCUGGACAAUGAUUGCGACUCCAGCAAGUACCAGAACUUGGCUAAAGGUCGCCUCCACGAGCUUAUGCAAAACGAUCGAGAGUUUUCUAAGGAGGAUCGUGAGCUGAUUAAUCCUUGCAAUAGCAAAUCGAUUACCCAGGCUCUGGAUUUUGUAAAAAAUCCUGUUGACUGCUGUCACCACGUACACCUGCUCAUUCGCGAGCUUCUUCACAUUAUCAGUAUCAAAAAGGAUGAUCCAAAGACUAAGGACGCCAUCUUAUAUCACGGCGAGACGUGGGACCUAAUGCGUUGUCGCUGGGAAAAAAUUGAGAAGGAUUUUAGCACCAAAUCGAAGCUGUUUGACAUCUCAAAGAUACCAGAUAUAUAUGAUUGCAUCAAAUACGAUCUGCAACAUAAUCAACACACGUUGCAAUACGAUCAGGCGGAGGAGCUAUACAUCUAUGCGAAGAAUCUGGCUGAUAUAGUCAUACCACAGGAGUAUGGACUGACGCCCCAGGAGAAACUGGCAAUUGGUCAAGGUAUCUGCUCCCCUUUACUAAGAAAGAUCAAGGGUGAUCUGCAGCGAAACAUCGACGAAGUGGAAGACGAGUUUAUGAACCGUUUGAAUCCACAUUAUAGCCAUGGUGUUGCAAGCCCUCAGAGGCAUGUCCGCACAAGGCUCUAUUUUACCAGCGAAUCGCAUGUUCACUCGCUGCUCACCGUUUUACGUUAUGGGGGAUUGCUUAAUGUGGUUACAGAUGAGCAGUGGCGUCGGGCUAUGGAUUAUAUUUCGAUGGUAUCGGAGCUCAACUAUAUGUCUCAGAUCGUUAUCAUGCUCUACGAGGACCCUACCAAAGAUCCAACUUCUGAGGAACGCUUCCAUGUUGAACUGCACUUUAGUCCGGGUGUAAAUUGCUGUGUGCAAAAGAAUCUACCACCAGGUCCGGGAUUUCGCCCGCAUUCGCACGGCGACAAUGCUUGCAAUGUAAGUUUGCAAUCUUCAGACGAGUCAAAUCCUGCCAGAAUCGAGGAGGAGAAUGACUCGAAUUCAGGAGAGGAACGGGAGGGCAAAAAGCGAUGCACCUCAGGCCAAAGGAGUUCGGAUCGCAGUGCGGAACGCACUUCCCCUGCUUUCGGAUUCAACCGACUAGAGCUCAGAUCCAAGCAGUUUAAAUCGAAACCCAUCCCCAUCGGAGCCCAUCACACUGUCAGUGGCCAUGAAGCAAUGGAUCUAGCCAAGCUUCUGAACGAGGAGUUGGCAUCGCACCAACAGCAGCAAAACCAGCAGCUUCGACCCAUUAGUCCGGACAUCAGGGCAGUAACUCCUGACUGCGAACCACGCUCCCGGAGUUUUGAACAGCGGCCCACGUCCGGAGUCUGUGCUAAAGAAACGGUAGUUGCUUCUCCUGGUUUCUGGGAUAAUUCGCGGACUUCUGAAUUCGGGGAGAUUCCUCAUACUCGAGUGGGCGCUCCUAGUAAUUCGGAUGGGGGGUCUCAUCCGAGAGCGGAUCAUCGCACUGCCUUUCAGAUCCGUGUUACGAAUAGCUUGUCCUUUUUUAAAAUUGACUCUUCAACAAACGAGCUGCCUUUGUCGGACAUUGAUUUUUCGCUGCACCCACCCACUCCGCAAUGCGGUCCCUUGUCGCACAAACGUCUCCACAUCUUGACUAUGCGGCGGAUGGAGAGUUGCGACGACGGUGAAGAACUCGAACAGCUCCGUCAUCUGCCACAGAUCUCGCCGAUGGCCACCAAUGAGCGACCCUUAAGUUCCUGCAAUUGCAGUAGCUCAGCGGCCCAAGCGCACUCGCACUCAAAAAGUCUGAUGGACUUGGCACAAGCGGUGGUUGUGACUUCUCCGCAAGAAACUGGACAGAAUUCGGAGAAAGGUUGUGACGCAACAACGGCGGUCAGUAGUUUCGAUGAUGACUUUCAGGUGUCUAGCUCAGCACCGGCCAUCCUGAUGAGCGCACACUUCAGCAAAAGGCCUGUGGUAGCAUCUCUAUCACUAAUGGUCUAUGCCACUACUUCGCCCACUGCCUCUACUUUACAGCUCUGUCAGGACAAGGACAAGGCCUCGGCUUCUGUCUCAUCCUCUGUGCAAAGCAAAGCCACUAGUAGCUCCUGUGGUCAGCUCUCCAUGGCGGCUUCUGCUCCUGUUGUGACAGAAAACCCAUUUCGAUUCACCGUUUCGUCGUUGGGUUCUGCAGCUUCCAAUACCACCUGUUUUGUAGACAGCUUCGAGCCCAUUGAAGAGCAAAUCACGUCCAUAGUGGAGGUAGAUCCAAAGCCCCUGCACCCAGAGCCUCAAGUAGUAUAUAAUCUGCCCACUGUGCUCAUUACGGGAACAACAAGUAGCUCAGAAUUGACCAGCAAACUAAAUAGCAAUAUACCGACUGUUACAAACGCUGUUUCUGCGAUGCUAAAACCAGUAGGUACCGAAAUAAAUGAAGAAGUAGGUAGAUCGAAGGAAAUAGGAAUAGACACAAUAAGAAUUUCAACCACACACACACCCUGCAAUAAAGCAGCAGUUACCCGACCAGAUCCAAAAACAGAUAUAACAACAGAUCCACCAACGGUUACAGCAACAGAGACAGCAGAAGAUACAUCAAUGGAUAUACGAACAAAUAUAUGUAUCGGAAAAAGUGCACCUGGGCUUACACCAACAGUUACUACUACCGAUAUUUCAAAAGGUAUACAAGACAUCGCUCCUACAGCCACCCAAACAUCCCCACCAACAUUUACACCAUCAACCACCACUACAACAACUGCAGCAGCAGCAGCUUUGUUUGAUAAUACAGCAACAAUGUCUUCUAAUCGACCAUUUACUAACCAAUUCCAAUCGAUUGAUCCCACUUCAAACGACGCACCACACCAACAUCAUGUACAUCAACACCAAUACCAACAUCACCGCAAAAUAACAACGACCAUCAAUAACACUCUGAACGAAAACCACACCACCGCCACAAUUACAAACAACACUACCACGACCCCGUCUUGUUGUACCAAAACCAUCGUCACAGAUAGCCAAGUCUCGGUGUCGGUCUCGGCAUCGGUGUCAUCGGCCAACCCAUCCACGUCGUCGCGUCGCCAAAGACACAGUAUUGCCGGCCAGAUGUCCUAUAUGAAAAUGUUGGGCUUCGGUGGUUUUAGCAAAAAGAUGGCCACCAGCGCAAAUAGCCUUUUCAGCACCGCCGUCAUCAGCGGCAGCUCGUCCGCUCCUAAUCUUCGCGACAUGAUAACGGUCUCCUCUUCCGGAUUUGGCGAUGUACCACCAAUCCGCCCGCUUGAGACACUGCACAACGCCCUUUCGCUGCGCAAGCUGGACAGUUUCUUGCAGGACAUGAUCCUGGCGCAGAUCUUUAAGACGCCGACAGGGUCCCCACCGCGGGGCUUCUCUAAGAAUACCUUGCCAGCGGUUUCCUCGAUGACUCUAAACGCCUCAAAUCAGACAGAGAUGAUCGACCAUGAGCAGCAAAUUGGCAGACAACCGCCGAUAUCAACGACCGUAACGCCCACCUUUGACCGGCGUGGCAGCGAGUCCGGAUCCACAGCGGAUGCCCAUCUGCGUCUCCUUUCGGAGAGCCAGUGCCCUAAUCUUGACGAUAGCAACACGGAGCUGCGAGAAUCGCUGGCUGGAAAGAUGGAGCUUUGGCCAGAGGACAUUGUGAAGGCAGCCGAGGAGGAGGAAAUAACCCUAUCGGAAUUGGAAACAAAACCAAGCUUGGACCUUACCAUGGAGAUAAUGGAGCGGGGGGCCGCGGGUACCAUCUUCCAGCCAAUGAAUCGGGACAGCUUGGAAUCCGGCGAAGGAACGAUGGGCGGUGGAGUCUUUCUGAGUGUUUGUGAGGAACAGGACAGCGGAAGCACCUGCCUCACACCAGUUAGUUUUGGGAUGGAUCUCGACCUGAGCAUGGUGGCUAACAAGGGCUCCAUUACGCUGUCAAUGGAAGGGUUCGAAGAUGAUGAAGAUGCCACUUUGUCGGCGGCCACAACACCUUCCCUUUUGGCGGACUGUGAGCCGCGCCUGGAGAGUUGCUACUGUUGUCCCAGCCAUGCAGAGGGCCCCCCUGAGGUUCCCAGCGAUGAUCCACGAUUUGGCUUUGCGCUGCCGGUUCGAGUCACCCAAGCUUCACCGGAGCAUGAGCGACGUGUGCGCCGUGCUCAUGAUCCCGUCUCGCCAAGGAUCCAGAAACAGAUCAGCUUGUUCGAGGGAAACGCGGCUCCGGCGACGGGUCAGAAAAAGAUUGAGUCCAGCGGAUCGGUUGGGGGCGGUCCCAUUCUGCACGCCUCCAUCAACCUGCCGGCGGCGGGACCGCAUCAUUUGCGCCAGGAUGCUCGCCUGCGCAAGUUUGAGAACCUCACGCAGUCCACUUCGAACUCGAACUUUCCCUUCGAAAGCAACACACUGAAGCGAGUGCCCAUGCAGACCACCAAUGACUAUGACAACGUAAGCCACACACAGAGCUGCAUAAACCUCAAAAGUGGCAGCAGUGGAGUCCUCGGGGGAUCGCCGCAGCGUCAGAGAGGAUCCGAUGGAAGAGUCGUAGUUGCAAGUGGAGUUCCGGCAGAGAGGGAGCCACCGCGGUUCCAUUGUGGACGGAUGAUCAGCACAUGCUGCUCUGCCUCGGCCUCGCCGUCCCCCUCACCGGGGGCGCUGAUUGUAAAGGAGCGAUUCAUCGAACCGCCCAAGCGCGGUGUCGUGCGCGGAUACCAUGGCAAAACGCAGUCCAUGGACGCCGACUUCCUGUUCAACGAGUUUCUUCUGUUGCCGGCCAUGGCUCCGGCCAAGAUAUCCUUUGAUAGUUCCGAAAUCGACCAGGCCAGCGAUGACGACUCCCCGAGCACCUCGAAACAAAGGCACGCCUAAAUAUCAAUCGAACUCCAGAUCCUUAAAGCACUCACAUCCCUAAGCCGGGCCAAUGUAACUAACACAAGCUAUCGCCACAGCGAGUGCCAUUUCAAAUUCGAGUUAUCGCAUAGAUCCACUCGCUUACGGACUUUUUACUAUUAAUCUAACUGUUUGUUGCUUUUGGGCCAAGAAAAUACAAAUAAAAGGCUUAUCUCUAUUUUUGUCCAUAA